CCGGAAGCGGGGGGCGGGGUACAGGACAGGGGGGCGGAGCCCGGCAGAAGAUGGCGUCUCUGCGCUGUAGGCGAGACCCCUGCGGCGUUAUCUGUCUGAUUUUAACUUAUUUCAGCGUCUUCUACGCGGACUACGUGGUCAUACAGUAUGUCCUCAUCCCCGCCUACACCGACAGCGUGUGGUGUACGCUACAUGGAUCGGUGUUCAACCUCAUCCUGCUGCUGCUGCUCGCCUGCCACUCCAAAGCCGUCUUCUCGGACCCGGGUAUGGUGCCUCUUCCUGACACGGCCAUCGACUUCUCCGACCUUCGCUCGCAGUCGUCUCGGAUGAACGAGCGGGGCUGUGAAGGCUGGACCGUCUGCAGUCGCUGUGAAACGUACAGACCUCCCAGAGCGCAUCACUGCCGCGUCUGUCAGAGGUGUAUACGCCGCAUGGACCACCACUGUCCCUGGAUCAACAACUGUGUCGGUGAGCUGAACCAGAAGUAUUUCAUCCAGUUUCUCUUCUACACUGGUAUGGCCAGCCUGUACUCCCUGGUGCUGGUGGUGUCGGCCUGGGUGUGGAGGAUCAGGAACGAGAGAGACGGCGAAGCGGAGAAAGAAGGAGAGGAGUCGCCCAGCAAGCAUCUGAUCGUCGCUCACUACAUCAUCCUCCUGGUGGAGUCGGUGUUGUUCGGCGUGUUCGUCAUGGUCAUCUUCUACGAUCAGCUGGUGUCCAUCAUCACAGACGAGACUCCCAUCGAGCAGAUGAGGAACAGGCUGAUGAUAAAGGACCGAGGCUCCUCGUCUUCAUCCUCCUCCACCACCACCUCCUCCUCCUCCUCUCAGCUGCCUCAUCACACCCCACACACCCGCAAGCCGAAGCUCGCUCUGCUGCGGGAGGUUUUUGGAAGAGGUUCGGUCUUUUGCUGGCUUCUUCCUCUCCACUCCAGCCCUCCGACGGUUGGCGGCAUCACCUACUCCGCCCUGCCCGACUACGACGUCUGAGAGAGCGAGGACAGCAUGGAGGACAAGUUUUACGUAUGUGUCUGACUGUGAGAAAACGCGAUUCUCUGCCUAACUACGAUGUCUUAUCUUUGGACCUGAGAGGUGACGAAGAAGGAGGAUGAAGUGUUUGUGUUCGAUGAAUGCUUGCAUGUGUGUGUGCCUCAGACUCAUGAAAGUGAUCCCGACCUGUACUUUAACUACCAGCAUUCUUUGAUUAUUUUGUAAAGUUGGCCCCUUGUGGACGCUGAGGUUUGACUGAUAUGCUCAUUUUCACACAGAAGCUGCUGAUAUCGUAUGUUUUCAACCUACUUGACCCACUUUUUCAUGCACGGAAAUUGCUCAGGGCCAGAUUUAAUGAGAAAAUAGGGCAGGUGUGUUGGAAGUUUCGGGACCAAUCUGCAUUUAUUUAUCUCCUCCUUUACCGAGGCGGCAGCUCGUUACACAGUCCACCUCUCCGCUGACCUCCAGGUGCAUUUUGCAAGCCAAGGAAAGCUCAGAAAUGGGAUUGUCUGAGAUAAAACCGAGUUAGAAACAAGAAAUUAUAACGUUGAGACACUCAGAAAAGAUGUUUCCACCACUUUACAGCCACUUCUUUCACAAUGUAAGCUCUUUUUGGCCGCAGUGCAUCACAGGACUAAAAGUUGGCUUCAAUGAAUUUUAACACGGCAUACAGCAGUGAAUCAAAACAGCUUCAUACCUGCCGCUAAUAUAAGCCUGAUUUAACGCAACAUGAUGUACAAAACUGUUAUUUUAAGGUCAAAAAUGUGUGUAGUGUUGCUUUAAAUCUCUGUAGUCGAGAUAAAUAAAGGCCCGGGCCACUAUUUGACGACAUGCAGGAAGCCAUAGGGAGACGGAACGCCUCAGUAAGUCUGGCCAUCUGCGUUUCCCUGAAAAAACACCAAAAACACAUUCGGGUAUCGACUCUCAUGUCAGUCAAACACCAGUACGGUUAUGGCCAGUGUUUUAUGCUAACAGAUGUUGUAACAAGCAUCAGCAGCUGCUACAAGCUACUGAAAGGUGGCGAGGGGUAAGUGUCCGGGGUCGACCACUUCUGUUUCAUCAAAGUGUUUUUAUACCUUCAACCCCCCCGAAUGAAAACAGCUUUAAUGUUUUUCAAGAUAAGUCAGAAUACACUCAGAGAACGCUAAUAUGCACCAAAUGGCCAAAAGAGUGCAGACACUCAUUCUAAAACCAUGUUAAAAAUGUUUCAUUGGAAUUAGUCAGUUCUAAGUGAAGGGUUAACUGAUAAGCAGAUCCAAAAUUACAUUUAUUUUAUGAUUACCUGAUUCUUUGACUUUUGGAUUUGUUAUGAACUUCUGCUCCCAGACUCUGGUGAUCAGGUCUACCUCUCCUCCUUGUUCCGGUUCACCCCAGUUCAAUGUGUUGGAUGGAGGUUGUGGCCAGUAAAGUCCUGAUUCACGCUGUUUUCUAAAGUCUCAUGGUUUCCUGCAGCAUUAAAACAUCUCUUCACUGGAAAUAAGCGUCCCGAGUUAUCAAGAACAGCCCAAACGUCCACAUACUUUUGGCCACAUAGUGUAUUGAUGCAUCUCUAACAGGCUCUUUUUUUGCUACUCAGUUAGCAAAACAGACACCAAAAGACUGUCGGUCAGUAAAUCUUCUGUUAUUUAUUUAUUAUUUAUUCUCAAAUCAACUGCUCAAGCUCAAGAUAUGAAUUACACAAAGACAGCGCUCUAUAAAAUCCCCAAAAAAAACUGUAUCAUGAAGUUACAUUCUCUGUGAAGGAAAAGCCAGCAACCUGUCCUCCUUCACAUCCUGAGAAUUAACACCACCAAACUGGUGUUAAUAAUAGAGACAUCGGGAUGAAUCGAGACGUGUGUGGGUUGUGAUGUGAUACCUCGAAGGUUCAUCAGCAAACAGGAACUGGAGAACGUCUGCAAAGAGAUUCAACUUUUGUGUUGUUGUUUUUUUUUUUCUCCUCAUUCUUGUGUUUAUCUUGAAGUACAAAGACGUUUGACGUGCUAACUAACUAAACUGUGUUACACUCACACACACACACACACACACACACACACACACACACUAACACUCAGAGUACACUUCUCAGUAUUCUGUUAAAUCUCAGUGACGGGACGAUUCUUAACUUAUUUAUUGUUUUCUAACUAUUCCGUGGAGUUAACUCUACCAAUAACUGUGUAUUUUUAUGUGAGGGGUGAAGUUGCCUUUCCGGGCUGAACUUGGUUAAAUUUAAGUGUUAGAAAUAAAAACCGCAUGAAGGUGAAGUUAAAUCUAAACCCACACUUUAUAUUACCUCACGUUUCUAGUCAGACAGUGGAAGCUAGCUGUAGUUUUUUUUUGCUGCCUCCAAGUCAGUCAGAGCUGUGUUUUGCACCUUUCCUGACAAACAUAUCUCUAAUUUGAAUGCUGGGCGUGUGGCUAUGUUAAUAUUCGUUGUCAUUGAUCCCGAUAUAAGGCGUUGUGAAACAUCAGUGUAAUUCCACUGAUUCCAGCUUGUCUGACAUGAGUAUUAUCUGGUUUCUUUCAUCCUCUACGACAGUAAAAUGAAUGUCUUUGUGUUGAGGACGAAACAAGACAUUUGAGGGCGUCGUCUUCGUCGACGUUGUUCGCUAUUUUCUGACAUUCUAUAGACCAAACAACUGAUUGAUUACUCAAGAAUAAUAAUCCUCAGAAUCGUUAUUUGCAGCCUUGAUAGAGGCCAAAAGAGAAACAUUCAGACGUCUGCAGUAUUGAGUUUGCGUUAUGUUGCUUUGCUUCUCAAACAACAGACCAAACGAUGACGCUCCCCAGCUGUGCCCUCCCACACCGACGCAACGCUUUGUUCAGUCUGAAUGAAGCCUAACUUACCUUUCUCUUCAUGGAAGUGGUAAAGCCUGUAUAGACGACUAAUUAUAGCUCUGUAUGGAGCAUUUCUUCUGUCGCGUUUGACCCUGAAACACUCUGAGGUGGUUUUUUACAGUCGAUGUCUGGCAGAGAAACCGCAGACGCAAAGGCAACCUCACCCCUCUGCUCGUUUUUAUGUGUGUGUACAUAGUUAUUCCUCUUCUAAUUCUGUGUUUGACCUGAAUUGAAUAUAAGUUUCUGACUUCACAUGGGAACAUUAUGAUUACAAGUGCUUCAGUGGAUUUGAUGAACUCUCCAUUUUUUUUCAUUAUUCUUUCGGUAACUGCCAGUUGGGAGAUGAUGAUGCCACUUACAGAGCGAUCUGCCUUUUUCUUAUAAUAUCUUCACAAGGUACUGAUAUUUACUGAUAACGAGACUUUAUCAAACUCUAUUUCAAAAGUUUUAGCAAAAUCCAGUUUACGGUGAAGUAUCGUAACAAAAUGAAUGAAAUGUUGGAGGGAUGUUAGCAGCGGUUAUGAGAUGUACGGAGGAAUGUUGGAGGGUUUGUAAAGCUGCAUUCACACUGUGAGCAACAUGGUGAACAUUUGUCAUAUUAGAGAAUAUAUAUAUUUAAAUAGUUAUAUGAAUUAUAUACUUUUUGCAGGGAUUUAAACCAUACGUGGGCUUUUUUAAUGCAGGUAAACCACUGUGAUAGCAAGCUGAAAAUGACCAAAUAUAUUUAGAUAAUAAUAGUUUACAAUCUGGGACAGCAGGAAGUACAGAUACCAUAUUUUGGAUUUUGUUGAGGUUAUAAGCGACACAGUUCAGUCUGCUCACCAGCCAGCCAAUGGGAUUGAAUAGUUUCUCUCACAGUGUGAAUGCAUGUUUUCCACAAGGGGCUCAAAAAACCCAUGAUGGUGACUAAGCAACCGCCCUCCAAGCUUAAAGAGGCCUUAUUUCUUGGUUAUUAUUGGUUUUCAUAGAGUUUGAAUUUGACAAAAAAAAAUGCCAAGGCUUUUCCCAAAUGCUUCUCGUAACCACCGCUAACCGCUCUCCAAAUACUUACCGAGAUAAGAUUUAGAGUGCGUCCUCGUCCGUCAGCUGUACAUAUGAAGGUUCAUAUUUUCUAUCGAUGAUGAUGUGCAAUUCUCAUGAAGGGAACGUUACUGAAACUCAGAGCAUUGUUUUGUUGUUGUUGUUGUUGUUGUUUUCUAUGGCGAUCUGGGUUAAAACAAAACGAGGUUUGAAAUGUUUUUGUUUUUGAGGUUAGUCGCAAAAAUCAUGAGGUGCUUAAAGAGUUUGUGUUUUUAAUUUGAUUGAAACGAGUGAUGGGGGGAACAUUUUGGUUCUCAUGCCUUCUCUGAAUAACAGUCCCACAUCACAGUGCACCUCUAAACAUUUCAAACUGUAAAUGUUUCUGUCCGGAUGUGUGUUAACUAUCAGGGUACUGGCUCGCUUGUUUGACUCUGUUGAAAAAAUGCAGUUGAUCUGUUUUAUCGUUUGUUUUCUUUGUGUUAAUGUCGAUCAAAGGGGUGCGCUUGUUUCGGUUCGUCCACACAGGUGCCGUUGAAAAUCCAACACAAGCAGAGUCUUGUUCGCUGUCAGCUGAAACAAAACAAGCGCACCCCAUGUGCUGUUUUACUUGACAGCGAGAAGGAAUGUGUGUACAAACAAAGAGGGGCCUGAAAUUAACACUUAACCACCAACCAAACACUUAACUAACAUUAAAUGUUCAGUUCUAGGAGCAUGUUUGGUAAUUCAAAAGCCUGAAACUUUAUUGACUUCCAUGGUAAAAAACUAAAGCAUCAAUGUUCCAAAGACAUAAUAUACCACUUUUUUAAAUACUGUUUUAAAUGUUAAACCAAUUUAACUUCAUUGCUCCAGUGUUUCCAGAGGCUGCUCACUUUUUAUAGAGUGGAUGUAACCAUUGAGGUCAAUAAAGGAUCAUCUAGACGGAAGUUUAUAUCCAUGUUUUGCACACUUGGCGCACUUUGACUCCUGUAUUUGCUGGCUGGUUGGACGAAAAUAAAGAGUUAGUUUCACGCCCUUCAAGCAAAACCAAUAAAGAGUUUAAUAUCAUGUGGCUUCAUGAUGAACAAGUUUACAACCCACUGAUGUUUUAUUUAUUGUUACUAUCUUCAAACCGUGACCUGUGUAUUAUUCCUAAUGACAUGCUGCUCUGGCUCGUUCAACUGGAAGUAAAACGGAUGUCUUUUAAACUUCA